AUGACCAAUUCUAGCGCUAGCUCUGCUACUAUUGUCGCUGUCGCUGUUUUUGAGAAUGGACGAGUUGCUGAGGGACAGGGCAUGACUCUUAUAUUUGAUGCCCAGAUUUACCUUGGUGAAUCCUGUCCACCACUUUUAGCAGCAUUGCGCUUCUUCAACUCGACCAAUCGUGCUUUCGAUGAAAUUGGUUUCUACUUCGUUGUUGCAAGGGUGGCAAAAAUGGAAUCUGGAGCGCGCCUCUCACUUCUUCCAGGAAUGGAAGAAAUGGACUACGAUUUAUUGAUUCCUGCUGGCCAAGGCAUUGAGCCCACAUUCACCCCCUACAUCGAAAUCUGCGGCACGGUCAGCGCUGUCGACGACCUUGCACGGUCGUUCUACAUUGAUGCUCAUCAGUAUGUUGCUGCUCUUAAACCGGAACCAUCGGGCACCAACUUCAGGUCAUUAAUGCCGGUUGAGUGUACCUUCCCUGACACUGCUAGAUGGAAGAAGUCACUGUCAGGGAAGAGGUUUAUUGUACAACCCAAUAGAUAUGUCAGUAUCGGGGGAUUCAUUGUUGGCCGCAAGACUACCAAAGUUGGCGACAAAAAUGAGACUCAGCGCUUCUGUGUUGAGGUGGAUAACAUCACAUUCCUUGGCCGUCCUGUCGUUGCAUCGACUGGUUCAAGUUCACGUGGUGCUACUACUUCUACAACCCCGACUCCAGGCCGAUCGCAGUUGAAAUUCAGCUUCUCACAAGUCGACCGCACGCCAGCAAACAAACGCUCUUUACUCGACCAUGAUGACAGCUCUGAGGACGGUACACCAUCCAAACGUGCUCGCACUUAA